CUUUCCCAGGCCCGGGCAGGAGCCAGGUGCUUCUGAACCCAAGGACUCACGAUAAGGGAGGGAUGGCGAGGCGCGUUGCAAUUGGUGGGCCAGGGGAAUAUAACGGGGGUCCUUCGAGCAGACCCCAUCCCACCUCCUGAGUGGAACACCAUGGCCCUUCUCCCGGUUGUCCUUGGCUUCCUCCUCUUUGGCAGCAGUUCUGGCUGUGGGGUCCCUGCCAUCCACCCUGAGCUGAGUGGCCUGUCCCGGAUCGUCAAUGGAGAGGAUGCGGUCCCCAGCUCCUGGCCCUGGCAGGUGUCCCUGCAGACUCGCUCCGGCUUCCACUUCUGCGGGGGCUCCCUCAUCAGCCAGCACUGGGUCGUCACUGCUGCCCACUGCAGGGUCAGGAAGAGCCACCGCGUGGUGGCUGGGGUGUCUGAUCACGGCUCUGACGAGGAGGCUGUCCAGGUGUUGAGGAUCACUGAGGUGUUUGAAUACCCACUGUGGGACCAGGUUUCGGGCAGCAACGACAUCGCCCUGCUGAAGCUGGCCACACCGGCCCUCCUCUCGACAACCGCGUCCCCCGUCUGCCUGCCCAGUGCCAACACCAGCUUCCCUGCCGGCUCCCUCUGCGCCACCACCGGCUGGGGCAAGACCCGGUAUAACUCCAACAAGACCCCCGACAAGCUGCAGCAGGCGGCCCUGCCCCUCCUGUCCAACGCCGACUGCAAGAAGUUCUGGGGCAGCAAGAUCACGGACGUGAUGAUCUGCGCCGGGGCCAGCGGCGUCUCGUCCUGCAUGGGCGACUCUGGCGGCCCCCUGGUCUGCCAGAAGGACGGAGCCUGGACCCUGGUGGGCAUCGUGUCCUGGGGCAGCGACUGGUGUAACCCAUUCUCACCGGGGGUGUACACCCGUGUCACCAAGUUUAUUUCCUGGGUUCUCGGGGUUCUGGAGGCCAAUUGAACCCCUGCCCCAACCCCCCCCCCCCCACUUCCGCAAAACCCAAAUAAAACCCUAGAGCAAC